UCUUCCCAUCGCUUUGAGGAUGGAUUUUUACAUUCCCAUAUUAGAGAUCUUCCUGGGCAUCCUAGGCUUUGGUCUCUCCAUCCUGUUCUGCACCACCUUCUGCAGGGCAUGCAGUCGCAUAAGAGAGGAGCAGAUUGAGAUGGAGGCGAGGAGACGUGCUGAGCAGGACGGGCGCCCUCAUUCCAUAUACUUCAUCCCUUUUCCUGGAAACCUGUCGCAGGAUGGAGAAGACCACCAACGGCAACCUCGAUACAGCCAGGAGGGCCAAAGGCCACCACGAUACAGCACAUCUGUAUACUGUGGGCCGCCACCAUCAUAUAAUGAGUUGGGAUUCAAGCCUGAUGAUCAUCCCCCUGCUUACACAGAACAAAACACACCUGUGUAUCCCAGCACACCUCCUCCUCACAUGGAUCAACCACAUACACAGCCACAACAAUAAGCCAGGACCAUCACAAUGUGCUUGUGUUGAGGUUAUGGACAGUCUUGAUCAUUGAACUGCUGCAUGGACUCCUGUGAGCUGGCACUUUAUAAUAUUAAGAUUUUUUUAUUUCUAACCUUGUUUUUUUUUUAUUGUGGCAAUAAAUGUGAUGAUGGCAAUGAGAGACAAGUAGCUGUAGAGGUGGCACCAUGUUAAAAGCUACAUCUCCAUAAAUAUACAGCACAUUCUCCCUGCCAA